CAAACAAGCCAAAUAAAACCAUCUUACUUGUGGGUGAAACGGGAGCAGGAAAAUCUACUUUGAUCAACGCUCUAGUCAACUUCACUAUGGGGGUUCAGUUUGAGGAUGGAGUCUGGUUUCAGAUUAUAGAUGAGGAGAAGAGAAGUCAGACAGAAAGUCAGACAUCAGAUGUGAUCGUGUAUGACAUCUUUGGUUUUGAAAAUAAAUCUCUGCCCUACUCUCUGACCUACUCUCUGACCAUCAUUGAUACUCCUGGAUUUGGAGACACCACAAAUACUAAAAGGGAUGAAAGCAUCAGUCAAAGACUAUUAGACUUGUUUCAAUCAGAGGAUGGAGUUAACAAAAUUCAUGCAGUGGGUCUGGUGAUGAAGGCAAGUGAGAAUCGACUGAGUGACCGACAGAGGUACAUCUUUGAUUCAGUGGUGUCUUUGUUUGGAAAAGAUCUGGAGAAAAGCAUUGUUGCUCUCAUCACACACUCAGAUGGAGUAACACCUGAAAAUGCUCUCGAAGCUCUCGAAAUUGCAAAAAUUGAAUGUCCAAGAAAUGGAAAUAAUGAGCCUGUUCACUUCCUCUUUAAUAACCAACAGAGCAAAGAGAGAACAGAAAAAAAUGAAUCUUGUUUGGAGACAGCAUGGAGAAUAACAGAGAGAGGAAUGGAUGAGCUCACAGCUUUUCUAGGAAAAACUGCACCUGAAAAGUUGUUGGUAACAACUAAAGUGUUAUGUGACCGCAUAAAACUGAACGCCUGUAUAGAAAACUUGAAAGAGAGAAUAAAUGAAGUUGAACUCAAGCAAACCGAAGCCAGACAGAGACAAGAAGAGUUAGCGAAACAUAAAGAAGAGAUGCAAAACAAUGAAAAUUUCUCUGUCGAAGUUCUGCAGUUUUACAAAGAGAAAGAAUAUAUAAAAACUGGGUGGUGGGGUGGGGUGUUUUUUAAUGGUACCCUCUGCUGUACAAACUGUCAGGAGAACUGUCACUUGGAUUGCACAUGGGCCUG